UUUAAACCGUCUGGAAAAAAGAAGAAGGAGAAGCUAAAUUAAACAAUAAUAAUAAUUCUGGAAAUUCAAGCAAUAAAAGAAGUGCACAGACAGAAACAUUGAAAAGGGAAAAAAGCAAACCACGGGAAAGAAGGAAAGAUGUACAAGCUUUUCAACAGAGGCAGGGACAAUUCCGCCGAUGCCUCACCGCCAUACGCGGCGGCGACGACGUCGGCUUCUCCGGUCACUGGCCCCGCAAGGCCCAUACGGCUCGUCUACUGCGACGAGAAGGGAAAGUUCCGGAUGGAUCCAGAAGCCGUCGCGACGCUCCAGCUGGUCAAGGAGCCCAUUGGCGUCGUCUCCGUCUGUGGAAGGGCUCGCCAGGGCAAGAGCUUCAUCUUGAAUCAGCUUUUAGGAAGGAGUAGUGGAUUUCAAGUGGCAUCAACGCAUCGGCCAUGUACGAAAGGGCUUUGGCUGUGGAGUACACCUUUGAGGAGGACUGCUCUUGACGGAACAGAGUACAAUCUCCUGCUUUUAGACAGUGAAGGAAUAGAUGCUUAUGAUCAAACGGGAACAUACAGCACCCAGAUAUUCUCACUGGCUGUCCUUUUGUCUAGCAUGUUCAUUUAUAACCAGAUGGGUGGUAUAGAUGAGGCUGCCCUUGAUCGUCUUUCUCUUGUCACUGAAAUGACAAAGCACAUUCGUGUUAGAGCAUCUGGAGGAAAGAGUUCUGCAUCUGAACUAGGACAGUUUUCUCCAAUUUUUGUUUGGCUCUUACGGGACUUCUAUUUGGACCUAACUGAAGAUAACAGAAAAAUAACACCCCGUGAUUAUCUAGAACUUGCUUUAAAGUCUGUCCAAGGGAGUGGAAGAGAUAUAGCUGCUAAAAAUGAGAUUCGAGAUUCUAUUCGGGCUUUAUUCCCAGACAGGGAAUGCUUCACCCUUGUGCGACCUUUGAACAACGAAAAUGAUCUACAGCGAAUGGACCAGAUAUCGUUGGACAAAUUACGACCUGAAUUUCGAUCUGGCCUUGAUGCUUUGACCAAGUUUGUUUUUGAAAGAACAAGACCAAAGCAAGUUGGUGCAACUAUGAUGACAGGCCCUGUAUUGGUUGGUAUAACUGAAUCUUAUCUGGAUGCAAUCAACCAUGGUGCUGUGCCUACAAUUUCUUCCUCCUGGCAGAGUGUUGAAGAAGCCGAGUGUCGGAGGGCAUAUGAUUCUGCUACUGAAGUUUAUAUGUCUUCUUUUGAUCGUUCAAAGCCACCUGAGGAAGUUGCUUUGAGGGAGGCACAUGAGCAAGCAGUUCAAAAGUCAAUGGCUGCUUUCAAUGCUAGUGCAGUAGGAGUUGGUUCUGCAAGGAAGAAAUAUGAGGGCCUUCUUCAGAAAUUCUUUAAGAAGGCAUUUGAGGAUUACAAGAGGAAUGCAUUUAUGGAGGCAGAUCUACAGUGCUCAAAUGCCAUACAGUCUAUGGAAAAGAGGCUAAGGGCAGCUUGUAAUGCUUCGGAUGCAAGGAUUGAUAAUGUUGCGAAGGUUCUUGAUGCUCUUUUAUCUGAAUAUGAAAAAUCAAUUCGAGGUCCUGGGAAGUGGCAAAAACUUGCUGUCUUCUUGCAACACAGUUUUGAAGGCCCCAUGCUUGACCUUAUGAAGAGGCUAACAGAUAAAGUUGAAUCAGAAAAGAGUUCUCUUGCUUUACAAUGUCGGUUGAUUGAAGAUAAGAUGGCUCUACUGAACAAGCGGCUGGAAGCUAGUGAAGGCGGAAAAUCUGAGUACGUGAAGCGAUACGAAGAUGCCAUCAAUGAUAAGAAGAAACUAACUGAUGAAUAUAUGAAUCGCAUAACUGAUCUGCAAGCUAAUCGCCGUUCAAUGGACGAGAGGUAUUCUAGCUUAUUAAAAACAUUGGACUCUACCAAGCAGGAAUCCAUGGAUUGGAAAAGAAAAUAUGAACAGGUUUUAUUGAAGCAGAAAGCUGAGGAAAAUCAAGCUAGUUCUGAAAUAGCAGCCCUCAAGUCCCGGAGUGGUGCUGCUGAAGCAAGGUUAGCAGCAGCAAAGGAACAAGCUCAGUCUGCUCAAGAGGAGGCUGAGGAGUGGAAGCGAAAGUAUGAUAUUGCCAUUAGAGAAGCAAAAUCUGCUCUAGAGAAGGCAGCUAAUGUGCAGGAGCGCACAAACAAGCAGACACAGUUGAGGGAAGAUGCUUUAAGAGAAGAAUUCUCUGGAACUUUGGCUGAAAAAGAAGAUGAAAUAAAAGAGAAAACCGCCAAAUUGGAGCAUGCCGAGAGGUGUUUAACAACUCUGAAAUUAGAGUUGAAGGCUGCCGAGUCAAAGAUAAGGAGUUAUGAUACAGAAAUAUCGUCACUGAGGAUAGAAAUUAAAGAGUUGACUGAGAAGUUGAAAUCUGAAAGUGCCAAGGCCCAAUCAUAUGAGAGAGAAGCGAUAGUAUUUAAGCAGGAGAAGAGCCAUUUAGAGCAAAAGUACCAAUCCGAGUUCAAAAGAUUUGAGGAGGUCCACGAAAGGUGUAAAACUGCUGAAAAAGAAGCUGCGAGGGCUACUGAAGUGGCUGAUAAAGCACGGGCUGAAGCUGGUAUAGCUCAGAAGGAGAAGAGUGAGAUGCAGAAACUGGCAAUGGAAAGACUGGCACAGAUUGAGAGGGCUGAGAGGAGAAUUGAAAGUUUGGGGAGGGAGAAAGAUAAUCUGGAAGGUGAAUUGCAGAGAGUAAAGGUAUCGGAGAAUGAUGCACUUACCAGAGUUGCGAAACUAGAGGAAAAGGUGCAACAGAGAGAGAAGGAUUUAGAAGCACUUUUGGAUAAAGAUAAAACACACAGGCGUAAUAACGCCCAGAUUCUAGAACAACUAUUGGAAACAGAACGGGAAGCACAUACACAGGCAAAUAACCGGGCUGACGCCCUCUCUCUACAGCUACAGUCUGCACAAGCCAAAAUUGAUUCUCUCCAUCAAGAGCUGACUAAGUUUCGACUGAAUGAAACAGCAUUGGACAGUAAGCUAAAUACUGCUUCUCAUGGUAAGCGUUUGAGGGUAGAUGAUGACAUUGGUGUAGAAUCUUUUCAAGACAUGGAUAUGAGCCCUAGAAUUGUAAGGGGAACCAAGAGAACUAGGAGUACAUCCAGUCCUCUUAAGUAUACGCAGCCAGAAGAUGGUGGUUCCAUCUUUGAGGGUGCAGAGGAUAAUCAUAGUCAGCAAACAGAAGAGGAGGAUUAUAAAAAGUUUACCAUGCAGAAGCUUAGGCAAGAGCUGACAAAACAUAACUACGGCGAUCAGCUGCUUCAGUUGAAGACUCCCAACAAGAAAGAUCUCAUUGCUCUCUAUGAGAAAUGUGUUCUUCAAAAGUCAUAGCAGAUUUUGAAUAGGACUUGUAUUGGCAUGAUGCACGUAAUCACCCCGUCUCUGUCUGUCUAAAUCUCAUUUAUACCGUGGUUGCUGACAUAUAGACUAGAAAUAUUGUGUGAAUUUAACUCUUUUGAUUGGUUUUACAUAUUGGGUGUGUUUACUUGAGUUUGCUAGCAAUGAUUACCUAGGCCAUAGAAAAUGUUGAUGGCCCGAUCUAUAUUUGUUGACUGCUUGAGCUGUAUCUAAUACAUCUGUAUA